AACACUUGCAAUUUCAUCCCGACCUUUUGACCUAUUCGCAGUCGAGGGAACUGCGCAUGUGCAAUAGUUCUACCUCUUCCACCAACACGUGCACUCAGCUGCCGCCAUGUUCCAUUCAUUUUCUCCAAACCUGGUUCGGCCUAACCUGCCCUUGAGGAAACCAUCAUCCAGCCCCAUGGCUCAUUCCACCCCAUCUGUUACCCCGAGACAUGGCACUGUGCCCGGUGCAACACCUGUGCGCCCGGCAUCAGGAGCCAUCGGAGACGGCCCUUCAAAUUCUCCAGUCAGCAGGGAUCAAUCUCCAGUGUUAGGAUCCACCCCACCAGCACUGACUGUAUAUUUCUGCAACUACUGUGGACAGCGAGGAAAUUUCCGGUGCAAGGGCUGCAAGAAGACGCCUUACUGCUCUGUGGCGUGUCAGACAGAAGACUGGAAGGCACACAGGCACAUAUGCAAGUGCACUGAUCCUGAACCCACAAAAGAGAAACUGAAUGAAACCACAGCUUCGCCUUUGGCAGGUAACAGAACCGGCCUGCUUGAGUCAAAGCAUGGUGAUGCAGCCAACCUCCAGAGGGUCUAUCUGAAGGACUUGCCUCUGACGAAAAUCAUUAAGGGAACAGAGAUCCAGGCAUCUGUUGUAGAGUUUUACAGCCCUGGCAGGUUUUUCCUUCUUCCCCAAAGUCCUGAGCUGUUGGAAGCUCUGCAGAGCAUCAGCACAGAGCUUCAGAAAACGUACAGCUGCUCACCAGCGACGUCACAUGUGCCCAAUGUUGGAGAGGUUUGCGCCGUUCAGUUCUCCUGUGAUCUGAACUGGUAUCGAGGACUGGUCCAGACUUUGGCUGCUGACCAGAAGACAGCUCAUAUCCUUUACAUUGACUUUGGCAAUGAAGAGGAUGUACCUGCAGAAAGAAUCAAGCCCCUGGCUGCUAAUAGCCAGCUGUUUUGUCCAUGUGCAUUGGAGUGCUGUAUAACCGGGGUGGUGCCAGUGGUUAACAACUGGUCAGGCGAGUGCUGUCUUUCCGUGAAGCAGAUGUUGUUCGGCAAGACUGUGACUGUUAGGUUGUUGGAAACACUGGAGAAUGGUCGCAUCCAUGCUGUGGAUAUCCUCCUCUCCAUGGGAAAGAAGUUGAGCACGUUCCUCAUUGAGCAUGGUUAUGCAGCAGAAGAAACGGUCAACGUAUUACCAACUGAGCAAGACAUAAGCGCUAUGAUGAGUGCAUCCUUGGAAAACUUUAGGCGUCUCUCUGAUGGGAAGGAUGACAACAGCUGGGCUCAGCCACCAGAGCCGCUGACACAGGCAGUAGGCGACUCCUUCUUUGUUGUGGUCACCCACCUCCAGUCACCCGAUGACAUUAUCGUACAGAAGGUGGAGAAUGCUGGGGUGAUUCAGGAGUUGCAGCUGAAGCUGAGGGAACACCGCUGUCAGGGCAGAACCCCCCAAAACUUCAGGCCAGCCCCUGGCACAGUUUGCUGCGCCCAGUUCUCAGAGGACAAGCAGUGGUACAGGGCUAAGGUUCUGGCUUAUUCGUCAGAGGAACGGGUCUGUGUCGGCUACCUUGAUUUUGGCAACUCUGAGGAGGUGGAUUUAGGCCACUUGCAGCCUAUCAGCACUUCACUACUGGCCCUGCCCAUGCAGGCCAUGCCAUGUGGUCUAGCAGGGGUGCAGCCUGUUGGGGAGAGCUGGUCAGAGGAGUGCCUGCUGGCCCUGCAGCGAAGGGUAUCGAACCGAAUACUGCGCAUUGAGAUCCAGGGAGCGCAUGAGGGCAAGGCUUUGGUGGCCCUCAUUGAUGAGGCCAGUGAUCCUCAGGCCAAUGUAGCCGAGCUGUUGAGCUCUGCAGGCUUCGCGGCACCUGCUCCUCUUCCGGUUCCCACCAGUAGUGACCAGCAGGCCAAGCAGACAUCCGCCCCUGCUGUGGAAGCACAUGUGCCUGCCCCAGCCACUGACCCUCUGGUGUGGUCUGGGACUGAGCUUCCCUGUGGCGGCCAAACAGUGGCACUGCUAGCCAGUGUCGUGGAAAACCCUGGAGAGUUUUACUGCCGCAUCAACAAUCCUGCAGACCAUCAGCGGCUGAUAGAGCUUGGCGCUGACUUGAAACAACAUUGUGAGGCAACGUUCUCACCUUUUGUGCCCAAAGUCGGAGAGCCCUGUUGUGCCAUGUUUCCUGGUGAUGGAGCGUGGUAUCGGGCUAUGGUGAACGAGCUGGCUGAAGAAGUGUCUGUAAACUUUGUAGACUACGGUUAUAGCAUGAAAGUGGAACAGAAAUGCCUUCGACCUACAACACCCCAACUCCUGACUCUACCUUUCCAGGCAGUUCGCUGCUGGCUCACAGGUGUGGAGCCCCUUGGAUCAGAGUGGAGCAGUGAAGCCCAGCUGUGGUUUCAAACUGUGGUGUCUGGCGAGCAGCUCUCUGCACGCGUCAUUUCUGUCACAGAACAAGGCUACGGUGUGGAGCUGGAGAGCAGAGGGCAGAAUGUGGCGGCUGCCCUCAUUUCUGCGCAACUAGCCAAAGUUCCUGGAGCAAGUCCCACGGAGACACAUGCGACCACAGGACACCAAGAGAAAACACAGGGAAAUGAGCACAGCCAAAGCCAGACUGGAGCUGGCUCUAAAGAGAUACCAACUGAAGAACACACGGCUGUGCCAUCAGAAGCCCCAGCUUUCCCAGUGGACUGGAAAACAGUGGAGCUGCCUCUCAGCAAAACCUUUGAGCCUUGCAUCGCAGCUGUCAGCAGUCCUUCCCUCUUCUACCUGCUCGGUCCCACCCAGAUUGACCAGCAGAAGCUUCAGGAGGUGAUGAUUGAGCUGGCUGCCUACUGCAGCAGCAACAUUCAGGCCUCUUUAUCCUCCGCUGUCCUGAGCAGACCAGCUCCCGGGGCUGCCUGCUGCGCCAAAUUCUCUGUUGAUAAUAACUGGUACCGUGCGGUGGUCCUGGAGGUCAGCGAGAAUGAGAUGAGCAUCAUCUACGCAGAUUACGGCAACACUGAGAAGGUGCCAUUCUCCCGGAUCUUGCCCAUCCCUAGGAACCUGCUUCAGCUCCCCUUUCAGAUCACUCGUUGCACCAUGACUGGCAAGGAACAUUUUCCUAAAGAGUUCCCUGAAGAAGUCCAGCAGAUGUUUCAAAGCCUGCUGUUGAAUGGCGUCGUCGCCACGGUCCAGUCCUUCGAUGGCUCUGCUAAUGUGCUUUCACUCACUCUGCCCGCUGAGAGGGGCGGGGGACACCUCACCACCAUGAUCUUGGAUGCACUACAGGUUCAAGCCAGCAGUAAUCCCAGUCCAUCCACCACAGAGAAGAAUGGCCACACUGACAGCAGCACAUCUGCCGCCAGCACCACAGUUGAACCCGUCUGCCCCGAGCCCAAGUCGAUACCUGAAACCCAAAAGGGUGUGAAUAAUACAACAGCUGCCACCGGCCUAACCAUCGCCUCAGAGCCAGUGCUGCAGACUCCCCAGCACAAGAUGUACUCUUCAGCUGUGUCAGUCAAUGAAGAUCCAGUACAGAAGAUUAAUAAGCAAAUGGAGCCUCUGUGCAAAAUCACAAAAACUGAUGAUCCUAAGACCUCAGGCUGCUGCUGUUUGAACCUGAUGACCAAGAUCGACCACCUGGAACAGUUGUUGCAGCUGCAGCUUUCUCUCAUGAAACAGUUAGUGGGGCAGACAAAAUGAGAUUUACCAAUUACAUAUAGUCUUGUUCACCAGCUUGUUAGAAUCAAGCCCGUUGUGUUUUUUCUGACUGUAUUUCUUUUAAACAAGUUUACUGAAUGUGGUCUACAGAAGCAGCCACCCAGUUUGUGAUUUUAAUUUUGUCAGCUUUGUGCAGAAGCUGCCGUUCAACUUCAUUUUAGUUUUUUAACUUUAAUUUUGUGUCCUUGUCCCUGAUUGUCCACUCUGUUCAGGGCUUUUAUUAUUUUAAUUUUUAAAGUUCCAAUCACUUUUUACAAUUAUCUGGAGGUGUUUAUAAAAAAAAAAAUACAUUAUGCACUUAUUAGGUUUGUUAAAGUUCUCAGAAAACUCAGCAAAAGAUGUUCAGCCUCAAUUGUUUAGGUGUGUUUGUCUCUGUGCUGUUGUAUGCUGUGCUGCCUUCUGUUCCUUUGUUCAGUCGUAAUCAUCUGCUCAGGUGGGAUGUCCAGACUGAUUGACUUAUGUUUGACAUGUGUUACAGUUUUUACAU